ACAUACUGCUGCUGCUGGGAUGAAGCUCGCCGCCGGAGAACCACAGGAACUGAAACAAAUCUGAGAUCACGUCACGAUCCCGGCGAAACGAUACUUACUGAUAUUUACACUCCAGAAGAAGAAGAAGAAGAGGAAGAAGAGGAAGAAGAGAGGGAGGACGGAAAAGAGGAGUGUUUCCAACAUGAUGGAAGAAAUAGACAGAUUCCAAGUACCGAGCGCCGUGCAGGAGGCGGAGAUGCAGGCAGAGAUGCAGCCGCUGGACCCAGCCUCGUCCACGGUGUCAGAGGCGGACUCGGACACCAGGGAGGGGGAGCCCGUCACCAUAAACUACAAGCCCUCACCCCUCCAGAUGAAAAUAGAGAAACAGAGAGAGCUGGCCAGGAAGGGUUCGUUGAAGAACACCAACACUGUAGGAAGUCCAGUGAACCAGCAGCCCAAGAAGAACAACGUCAUGGCCAGAACACGGUUGGUAGUGCCCAAUAAAGGCUAUUCCUCUUUAGACCAGAGCCCAGACGAGAAGCCCCUGGUGGCCCUAGACACAGACAGCGAUGAUGAUUUUGACAUGUCUAGAUACUCAUCGUCGGGAUACUCCUCUGCUGAGCAAAUCAACCAGGAUCUGAACAUCCAGCUGCUGAAGGACGGUUACCGCCUGGACGAGAUCCCAGAUGACGAGGACCUGGAUCUGAUUCCACCCAAAUCAGUCAACCCCACCUGCAUGUGUUGCCAGGCAACCUCCUCCACCACCUGUCAAAUACAGUAA